AUGUUAUCAUAUAUUACUGAUUUAUUAUUAUUCUCAUGUUUGUUAUUGAUUGUCAAUGGAGCAGUAACAGUUUAUGUAAACAAAGUUGGACCUUAUGGAAAUCCUCAGGAAACUUAUCAUUAUUAUUCUCUUCCUGUUUGUCGUCCAUCAAUUAUUGUUUCAAAGGAUCUGACACUUGGUGAAGUUCUUUCAGGUGAUCGAAUGGCUCGUUCUCUAUAUGAUAUUCAAUUUAAUGAGGAUAUUAGUAAUAAAGAAUUAUGUUCAUUAGUUUUAACAUCUGAUGGAUUAAAUAAAUUAAGAUUAUCUAUUGAAGAAUAUUAUUAUUUUGAAUUUGUUAUUGAUGAUAUUCCAAUUCGUGGUUUUGUUGGAUUAAUUGAAGAAACAAAUUUAUUUCCACAUAAACAUCAUAUUUAUAUAUAUACACAUUAUCAUUUUGAUUUUUUUAUUAAUGAUAAACAAAUAAUUUAUGUUAAUAUAAGUACAAAAGAACAUCCACCCGUAUCUUUAGAUGAUGAAACAAUAGUUUCUAUUAAACUUCAAUUUACUUAUUCAGCUAAAUGGCAUAAAACUGAGUAA